CAUAUUGAGGAUUUACUGUUCUAUGUGGAAUUGACAGUGUCUCUUCUCUUUAUCAGUUGAGCGUAGAGUGUGUUCAGAGACGCUGCUGGCAUCAGUUCGGACGACAAAUGGAGAAAGGUUCGGAAACCGAUGUCCCAAAGGCUGUGCCAAAGUGGAAGAAAGUCGUGAAAACAUCUUUCCUCAUUACCACUUGGAUUUGUUUGGGUUUGACUCUAGAGAUCACGGGACCUACUCUUAAGGACUUGAGGCUGAAGACAGAUGGAAGUUAUGAGGAUGUGAGUCGAGCCAUAUCCGGACGGAGUGUGGGGUUCUUCAUCGGGGCAGCUAUCGGUGGGGUUCUAGUGGACAAGCUUCAUCCCUUCUGUAACCUCAUGAUCGCCGUCUGUCUGGACGGUAUCGCUAUAGUGACGACCAUCGCCCCGUACAUGACUAGUGUUAACGUAGUAUGGGCCCUUUUUGUUUUGGCUGGCACAUUUGAAGGCGUCAUCAAUAUUUCUGGACAGAAACUGAUAUUGGAUAUGUGGCUCGAUAAAGCUUCCUCGCCGAUGCACGCGCUUCAUUUAGGGUUUGGUAUUGGGUCGUUCAUCGUACCAGAAAUAGCGAACCCUUUCCUGGCUGUGCCAGCGCCGACACUCAGCACAUCCGGAGUUAACGUAACGACAAACAUCACGUAUACUAUCUACAACUCAUCUACUCCAUCAACAGCUUCUACUUCGUCUACUUCCAAACCUCCAUCGACAACAGUAGAAUAUGUGAAGGGAUCUCGGAUAGAAUGGGCUUAUCUUAUUGUCUCUAUCAUAACGGCAGCCUUAUCAUUCGUCUUUUACUUUUACCAGUAUAGCACUCGCAGAGCGAAAACAAAUUAUAGUAAUGAGGUUGAUAAGAAUACAUCUCACAAACGUAUUGAAAACCAAGAAAGUAACAAAGAACCUAAAUCAUGUGUCAGUACUUUCAACUCAUUUGUAAAGAUCGCCAGCCCUGGUAGUUGUACUGGUGGGCGAAAGUUGUACGGAGUCGUGAUAUUUACGUUUCUUUUCCUGUAUUUCUUUACAGCGGUAGGAGGCGAGCGUAUAUAUGGUAAAUUUUUACGGACCUAUGCCAUUGAUGAACUGAACUUUGAUAGCGAUGACGCAACCCUUCUAAACACAGCUUUCUGGAUAAGUUUUUCCUGUGGGAGAUUUUCAGGCUUUGUGACAGCGAGGUGGAUACCCAUCCGGGCUUUGAUGAUCAUUGAAGCAUGUGGUUGUCUCGUUUCUGCAGUUCUUCUGAAUAUAUUUGCUUACAACGAUUCAACUCUGCUCUGGGUGUUUUCAAUGCCGAUGGGAUUUUUCAUCGCCCCAUUGUUUCCAACUGGUAUCGCUUGGGGAGACUUCCACGUGGAAAUGACUGGCAUGGCCAUCACGUUUUGUCUGCUAGGGGGCGCUCUUGGAGGGAUGUCGUAUAUGUGGAUCAUAGGGUAUCUCUACGAUAACUAUGGUUACCGUACCUUUCUCUACCUGACGGGUGGAUUUGGAGCGUGCAUCGUCAUCUUUGCUUUCAUUCUACUAUUCAUUGGUUGUGGUCAAGCAAACAGGUUCGAAAAAAAUGAUUCAGAAGAUGACACAGCUACCACUAAAAUUUAGAAAGCAGAUGGAAAUCAGACAAUCAUCUUGUAAAUAGAAUUUGAUCAAUUUAAUUGAAAACAAUAGAAAAACACAGUAAGACACGGAUAAGUCGAAAUCGAUGAGACGAAGUGAAAUAUUCGACUUAUCCGGUGGUCCGAUUUCUAUGUGCGGAAAUAAGCAAUUACAUUAAUGACCCAUAUUCAUCGAGAAUUCGGAACUAAGCAAUAUAUGGAAACAAAAGUUUUACAUCAAUGAAAUUUUAAUGAUUAUGUUACAUGCGUGUUGCGUUAACAUUUUGUAUAAAAUGUAUUCGUAUCGUUCCAUCCUAUAUGUAAUAUAAGGGUGGACAUUACCUUGACUACGAAUAUUCUAUUCAAACAAUUCAUUAGACAUUGACACGCAAAAUAUCCAACAAAAACAAAAGUGUAAGUCAAUUACGAUCGUGGUCACAUUAAAUGUGACAUAUGUAAUUUGAGGUGAUCAGAAUUUCAGAUAUGAUUUCAUUCAACUGACAA